ACAGCUCGCUUUCGUCCCGGCGGGUGAGGCGAACGCAGAAAGAAAUGUACGCGAAAUUAGUUUAAACUUUUCCCCGUUGCGCGCGCGCACUCAAUCGAUCGGGAUGGUCGGGACGACCGUUUCUAUUUCUGCAACUGCGGUUUUCCAUCCGCCAGGCGGAACCGCAAUCCUGCGCUAUCACGAUUUUUAUCGAAAUAAAAAUUUCACCGCGCGUUUUCACGACGGUCACGCACUCUCUCUCUUUCUCAGUAGAGAUUUCUAUUCUUCGCAGGUGGGAGCAACGGCGGAUCUCGGCGUCCCCCUCACUUCGGCGACCUGCAUGAAGGGCACCAGAUAGGGCCUCGUAAGAAUGAGGCGGACCGAUCAUGACGGCCACGUCGCGCGGCAGGGUCCGCCGCCCUUCCGGGUGCUGGCCGUCCCCGACAACAUGUACUUGUCGCCGACGCCGCCCGCGGCGGCGCCGCCGCCCCCGCGCGCACCCGAACCUUACAAGGUCGCCCCGACGUCGACGUCCUUCGGCAGGGCGCACCGUCGUUCCAGCUUCGUGAUACUCGCCGAGUCUAGGCCGGCGAGUCCGGAAGCCGGCGAUGCGUCGUCCACCUUGCCGACAGGGAGAGUCUCGCCCUUCCGCGGACGUGGCUUCAAGGGCCCGCCCCCUCGCUCGAUGUCGAGGCCGCAGUCGCCGGAAGUCGCCGGGGACGGACGUCGACGUAGAGUCGAACGAAGGGUGUCGUUGUCGCAGCAGAACAGCCCCAGAAGGAGCCUGAUACCGCAGCCCACUUAUCGUCAGCGGUCCACCUCGUUGACGAAGGACAACGAGCGUUCGCCGUCGCCGAAGAUCGGUCGCCGAGUCACGAGGACGCGGCUGAACGUCUCGGACUCGCGGGGUCGAUUGAACGCGGCCGAUUCCAAGUCGCAGCUGAACGGCUCGAAGACGCGUCUGAACAAGCUCGACUCCCGGGGUCGCACGAACCUGGCCGAGGCUAAGACCCGCUUCAUCUCCAACUCCACCAGCAAUCUCAACGGUAACUCGACGACAACGCGCCGGCAGCCGAUGACGAAGGGCUCGACGCGGCUCUCGCCGAUCCAGGGCACUCCGACGAAGCCGGAGAAGACUCCUCGAUUGAACGUCAGAGGAAAGGACGCCGCGAGGCAAUCUCCCACGAAGACAACGAGAACGUCGUCGCAGAAGAACAACGUCGCCGCUGCUACUCGAAGGGAUGGUCAGAGUAAAAGUCCCAGUAAGGAUCGCCUUCUUUCGCCAUCGAGGAUUCCUCUGAAGGCGAGCAAGGCAAACGGCUCGUCGAGCACCGGCAGGUUCAUCUCGAUGCCCGAGCAGAACGCCGGCAAGACGGAAAGGUUUGCGAAAGAAGACAAAAAUGAUAAGAACCAAUCGGUCCAGAACGGCCGAUCCGAGUCGAACCCGAAGGAAAACGGGACAAACGGGAACUCCUCGAGCAACGCGGACGACGUGGACCUUAUAGAUCUUCUCAAGCAAACCUCGCAGGCGACCGGCACGUCCAGCGAACGUCUGGUGAACACCACGACGACCACGGCGGUGCAGCCGUUGCACAUCGACGCGAACACGCUUCUCGUGGAGCGCAGCGAUGGAUCAACGACGAAUCAGCAGAAGGAACGACUCGACGGGACGCUCAGGCCCUCGGUUUCCCCCGCGGCCAAGGGCGAGUCGCCGGUGUCGACGCCGACCGUAGCGUCAACGGGGCAGAAAUCCUCGCCGUUAACCGUAAAUCAGCCGGUCAAGGCAGGCCAAGCGAUUAAUCCUGGAAACGAUAAGAAAGACUCUCCCGUCGGCGCGGAGAAUAGCACCGGAGGACACUCGAAAAGCGGCAGCGUCGGUCAAUCCAUGAAAAGCGUCAGGGUGAACGAGGAAAGUUUAGUUCAGCGUUCCGGCAACCAGUCUUCUGCCAAUCAGCGUUCCGGCAGAAGUAGUCAGAAUGCUCGCGGCCCGAGGACAAGCGACGGGAAGACAUCGGAAGAGCCGGAAGCCGCUUCGGUGGCCUCGGCGGAGGUGAAGAGCGGCUCUGCGGGCAGCAAGACGACCGCGGGUCGCGACGCCACGGCGAACGAUAAGAUGCCGACGGUGAUGGAGAACGACUCGAAGGUGAAAGCGGUCGGGCAGGCGGAGACGACGAUGAGUAACGCGAUGGCGACGAACAACGUGGCGAGGAGCAACAAUAAUGUGAGUCCCGCGGUUGGUGCAGUGAACGCAGGUGUGAACAGUGAUGCUGUAGUACGAACGAGGAACGAGAAUCGCGGCAGCGACGCGUCCUUGAAGUCGUCCACCGGCGUGUCCACCAAUUCGAUCGAGAGCGUGAGGUCGACGGACACGGGAGUGAGCGUCAACACGGUCAGAGGGGUGUCCUCGCCGAGGGAGAAAACGGGCGUGCACACGGUGAAGCGGCCGCAGGAGAUCGAGACCCUCAGCGGCAACAUCGUCCGCGUCGAGCAGAACGGGGAGCCAGCUGUCCUGGCAUCCAACAACGAGAAGCAACGCGAUAGUGAAAAACUAUUGGCACGCUGGGGGAGGUCCUUGAGUCAAUACUGCAAGUGCUGCUCCGGUAUGAGGUGCCUCGCUUGCCGCAGGGAUCCCAAGGGUCUCUUGUGGACCAGGAAUCAAGGGAGGACGACGGUGAUCAACGAUAUCCCGCCGCCUGUUGCGACCCUCGAUGCGCCGCCGCCCGCAACGAGCGCGUUGUCGUGCUGGUCGAAAUUAAAGGCGCGGUGCAGAUGCGUCCGUUUACGAGAGAGACUGCGAGAGAUCAAGUGCUGCACCAGAAAAUCGAGGAUCGCUCCCUCCGAGCCUACCGCUUGCUGCCCGCCCGAGAGAAGAUGCGGUGCGAUCUGCCGUCGUGCGUUCGGCUGCUGCAAGUGCAGCUGCAAACGCGCGGACGCGCAGCAACGCGCAAGAAACACACGUGCCAAGCACAGUCUUACAAGCGUGGCGCCGCCGCCCCUGUCGGAGGAACCGAAGGCUAAGAUACCGGACGUCCUGGUGGAGCAUAAUUCCGUCAUGCGCGGCGCCAUCCCUUGCCUGCCGGUCCCUCUCGCCUGGUUUUGCCUAGUGUGGAACUUCCUACUGCCCGGCACUGGAACCGUUUGGAGCGGCCUGUUCAACCUGUGCACCGGACAGCCGAGGUUUUCCGCCGUAGCCGGAAUGAGAUCGCGGCUCGGUGCAUUGAUCGUCAAUCUCAUCGUGGGCGUGGGCCAACUGUUCACCGUUCUGUUCUGCUUCGUCGGAUGGGGCUGGAGCAUUUGGUGGGGCGUCACCAUGGUCCGCUUAGCUAGAAAGUACAAGCGAGUCAAGGAUUCAGAGGCCGCUAACAGCGAUCCUGAGGCCAGAGGGGGCGAGCCAGCUCCCUUGCCUCCCGGCGUGCCGAGUCAGGCCUUGCGAGGGAUGGAGAGGGCGCGAUGAUGCAUUUUUAAUGAAGAGGAGAGCGCGACCGUCCUCCGAUUAUCUAAAGAUAUUUUGUAUCUCGUUCGACAAGUCUUCGUAUAUUUUUCGCUUCAUAUCGGUCGUUCCGAAUUGAAGACUGUCGUUCGUACGAAAAAGGAAAAAAAAAUGUAUUGCCGCAAAUAUAAGUAUCUUGUACAAACGAUUAUAUAUUUGUGAAAACAAUUAGUCGAUAAGAACUUUUCUCGGCUGCGAUCGAGUCAUGACGGAGAGUGGAGGAUUAGUUGACAAAACACUUGCGACAGUAACAUGUCAAGCCGUACGAAAUAAGCUGGAGCUAAAAAAGCCUGUAAAUUAUUGAGACGACCUGGUACCUUUAUCUCGUGCCUUCUUUCCUUCCAUCAUUCAUUUCUCGCUAUUCUUAAAAGGAAGGAAAACCGUUUUAUCGCAGCUAAGUAAUAGAAUCUGUUAGUACAAGCCAGGAAUCUUAUAACGAAACUUUUUCUCUCGUGCGGCUUAGCAUGUUAUUGCAUCAAAGUCUUCAAUUCAAUGAGAAAUUUCUCGAAAGGAAGUAUCGCCGAGAUUCUCUUGCAGGAUGCUAGCAAAGUCUUUACUCUAUUUUUCCGAAGUCAGGAUUGCGAUGCUGAUAUUGCAUCGUAUACCUCGCAUCUUUUUAAAUUGUUACACCAUAUGUCGUAUUCCAUCUUGCGGAACAUUCUCGACAAAUAAUUGGCAUUAUUUCCUAACGGUUAUUAUUAAUUGGCGCAAAUAAAGUUAGAGAGGCACGGAGUUUUCUUAAGAAGACUCGAGAGAAUGUCUGGAAUUUCGCAACAAUUCUCCUGUGAGCGAAAAUUUUGUUCGCGAGCUGAAAUGAAGCUCGACGCUUCCCAUAAAAUGGACAGGGAGACGUGGCGAGCGUCCUGCACUUUUCUACGCAGCGAAAACUUUCGUUCUCGUCGACGAAAGGUUCGAUUUUUUUGUAAAGCUAGCGCUCGCGCGCGCGCGCGCGAAAAGUUCGUGGCCUAUCAGAAUCCAAAGACGUCCUUGAAGAUUAAUCGCUUUCAGUGAAAGCAUCUUUAACCGUGGCGUUCUUUCAAAAUGUACUCGUUGCGUCGAUGAGGAUGAUUUACGGGAAGCGGGAUCGCAUCCGGCGACGACGGUAAACGCCGCGACAUUGAAUUGGGAGUUCCGGUACGCGAGUAGACAUUAGACUUAUACAACGGGGUGGCUAAGCUCGGGGGAUCUUCGGGGCGGGAUUACCGCAAUCUCCGGAGACACGGUCCUUGAAGCGAUAUCGAUGGGAUAAUUACGUUUUGAAAAAACGCGCUUUAUAUUUUUACAAGCGCAACAUACACAUAUGCAACGAGUACUCGAGACUUACCCGUUUAGACUUAUACUUAUAAAACUCUUGUAAAUAUGAAAAUAUACAUUACUUACGUCAAUUUUUAAUGUAAACGCCUGCCUCUGGAAGUUCUUGCACUACCCCCACUUUCUCCCGUCCGCGGCUACUUUUCGCACAUGCGCCUUUACGCACGU